AUCCCAUCAUGCAGACGCUUUAAUGGCCGGGCUAAAUAUUGUCAUAAUCGUCCCGUCUACAUUUCCACCGCUUCUAAAAGCCGCGUAAGGUGGUGCUGUGGAUUCUCCAUGUACAAACUCUUUUUGCUGAGACAUGGGGAGGGGGCUUGGAACCGGGAGAACCGUUUCUGCAGCUGGGUGGAUCAGAAGCUGAGCGAGGAUGGCGUGAGGGAGGCCCAGGAUUGUGGCCGGCUCCUGAAGGAGCUGGGCUACAAGUUCGACCUGGUGUUCACCUCCAUCCUCAGCCGCUCCAUCCAGACGGCCUGGCUGGUCCUGGAGGCCAUGGGCCAAGAGUGGGUCCCCGUGGUGAAGUCGUGGAGGCUCAACGAGCGCCACUACGGAGCCUUGAUCGGCUUGAACCGGGCUGAAAUGGCCGCCCAGCACGGGGAGGAGAAGGUGAAGCUGUGGCGGAGGAGCUACGAUGUCACUCCGCCUCCCAUCGACAAAUCGCAUCCGUACUUUGAUGAAAUCUACAGUGAUCGCAGAUACAGUACGUGCGACGUGGAGAAGGACAAGCUGCCUCGGGCCGAGAGCCUCAAGGAGGUGUUGGACAGGUUGCUGCCAUAUUGGGAAGGCACUGUGUUACCUGAGGUCCGUCAAGGCAGGACGGUGCUAAUAGCAGCUCAUGGAAACAGCUGCCGCGCCCUGCUCAAACACCUGGAAGGUAUUUCGGACGAGGAUAUCGCCGGUGUGACUUUGCCGACGGGGAUUCCGGUUUUGCUGGAGCUGGACGAGCAGUUGAAGCCUGUGAAAGCUCGCCAGCUACUGGGAGACCAGCAGAAAAUCCAAGCGGCCAUUAAAAAGGUGGAGGAUCAGGGAAAAGCCAAAGCGUCAACUUGAAAUGGAUGGGAGACAUUUGAGUAACGUUAGCAUUAGCCGGUACAGGAUAGCUAAUGCUAACUCACCGAAGAUGAGAAUGUGGGAAAAGUAACUUGAUAGCGACUACAGACAAAUUGAAAGCGAGAAAGUCUUAAUGUGAAAUGAACGUGCGUCUGAGGUAGCACUUUGGAGAAGACGUCCGUUGUUUUGUUUCCAAACUGACGACUCGUGAGUUUUGGUAACAAAAUGUGUUCAUUGUAGCUAAAAUGUGAUGCAAGAUUUCAAAAAGUCAGCAACCUGCUCUGUUACAUGGGUUAGAGUUGUUUUACAGCUAGUUAGCAUUAACAUUGUGUCAAUCCAACAUUUUACUGACACCUCCCUACUUACUCCUUCAA